AUGGUAAAAGCAAAGGAGAUCGAAUCAACGGAUAUAAGGGAUAAUAUUGAUGUUCUUCUUGAUCUGGUAAAUGAUGAUGAUGUUGAAAUGUUAGAUAUUCACGUUGAUUACACCAUUAUACCUCAAAUUUGCUUCGUAUGA